GCGCAUCUCCGAGCUGCUGUGUCUUCCCGAUCAGACUUCUCCAGCACCCAGUUGUCAUAGUGACGGAGGGCAGCAAGAAGCGCCCGCUCACUGCGCCACCUGAUUGUGAGUGCGAGAGCGAGAGAGCCAGACAGAGGGCAGAAAGCAAGCGACACGGAGUUGUGCUGCAGCGGCGAUGGGAAGUCGGGCUCUUUUUUUGCUGUGAUCAGAUUUUCAUCGCCGUGGGGACCGGAGGCUCUCCGUCGCUCUUUGUCUUUUCGUCUCACGCAGCCCAGCUUGGAUUAUUGCUGCUUGCCUGUGCUUUUAACGGGAGGAUGCUGAUGCACUGUGGCAUGUGUGUCAGGUGUGUAUGAGAUGGAAGUCCAUGCGUGCUGAUUCCCAUGAACGCACGGUGAGACUUGAUGCUGCCGGGGGACACACAGCAGGCCUGACCAGGGGCCCUACAUGCCAUGGUAAAUACCUCUGAAGACGAACCUAACCUGGAGUUUGCUACCUGAGUUUUUUCACUAGGAAGAAUGCAAGCAGAUCAUGGCACGGCAGAAAUCUAACAGCCAGUCAGACUCUCACGACGAUGAGGUUUCUCCUCCUCCUCCGAACCCGGUCGUCAAGGCCCGCCGCCGCAGGGGAGGAGUCAGCGCGGAAGUGUACACCGAGGAGGAUGCUGUCAGCUACGUACGCAAGGUGAUUCCUAAGGACUACAAGACUAUGACUGCCUUGGCCAAGGCCAUCUCAAAGAAUGUGCUGUUUGCUCACUUGGAUGACAAUGAGAGAAGUGACAUAUUCGAUGCCAUGUUCCCUGUCACCCACAUUGCAGGGGAAACAGUUAUCCAACAAGGCGAUGAAGGCGACAACUUCUAUGUGAUUGACCAAGGUGAAGUGGAUGUUUAUGUGAACUGUGAGCUGGUGACCAAUAUCGGAGAGGGGGGAAGCUUUGGUGAGCUGGCCCUGAUCUAUGGGACUCCAAGAGCUGCCACCGUCAAGGCCAAAACAGAUCUUAAACUGUGGGGCAUUGACAGGGACAGCUACCGCCGCAUCCUCAUGGGAAGUACUCUGAGAAAGAGAAAGAUGUACGAAGAGUUCCUCAGCAAGGUCUCCAUCCUUGAGUCUUUGGAUAAGUGGGAGCGCCUGACUGUGGCUGAUGCCCUGGAGCCAGUUCAGUUUGAGGAUGGGGAGAAGAUCGUAGUGCAGGGCGAGCCCGGAGAUGACUUCUUCAUUAUUACAGAGGGAAUAGCCUCUGUUCUGCAGCGCCGAUCUGACAAUGAGGAGUACGUCGAGGUCGGGCGCCUCGGACCCUCAGACUACUUUGGUGAGAUCGCCCUGCUGCUGAACCGUCCCCGGGCAGCCACCGUCGUCGCCCGCGGACCCCUCAAGUGCGUGAAGCUGGACCGGCCCCGCUUCGAGCGCGUACUGGGGCCGUGCUCCGAGAUCCUCAAGAGGAACAUCCAGAGAUAUAACAGCUUCAUCUCCCUCACCGUGUGAGAGCUCGGCCCCCUUCCGCCCACCACUCCACCAGCAGGGGUGUGUACCAUCAUCAGCAGCAUCAGAGGUUUAGCGUCAGGGUUGGGAACCUGGGGGSGGGGGAGGUGUUGGGACACCGGGGUGAACAGCAAUUUAAAUACAAAAUGACACAGAAAGCUUGUUUCCUACCUUUACUUCUUUUCUUUUCGUUUUUUUAAUCUUGUGCACUUUGACUCAAUCUACUUGUCACGUAGCUGUAAAAAUCAGAAGAGGACAGAAACCAUUUCAAUCAUGACCUAAUGUAAAUGAGUCGCUUUACGAUGCACGGGGGACUCGCAUAAAAAUGGUGUUUGCACUUUGAUGUAUUUUACGGAGCAUGCGGACACAUUCAGGAAUCAUGGAGGAAGUGAAGUCAUGUUUACGCACAGCGUCAGGAAGUGGGUGCACAUUUCUUUGCUCACUGGAUGUUGUUGCUUUUUGAUGCCUUUUUAUUUUUAUUUUGUUUUUUUUUUGUUUUUAUUUUAUCUCUGCCUGUGCAUUGCAUCUUUUCUCGAUCAAAACAGACACGCACUACACAGAUCUUUGUUCCCUGAAAUGUACUGUAGUCAGAGAGGUGUGAAGAAAACGUUUCUCGGCUGUUUUAAUAUUUUCUUUGCGUCGAAGGAAUAACUCUGUUAUCCUUAUCAGGUUCAAGAUUGUUAGAUGUAGCUGGGGGCUUCCUUUGUAGAUUUUUUUUUUUUUAUUGCUAACAUAUACAACAAUAAAAAAAACAUGAAAUUUGUGUUAAAAUAUACUGUCUGUGCAUCCAAAGAGUGAUGCAGCUUUUGGUUGUACUGAUUUUCCUAACUCUAGCAGCUAUUGGAGCCAAUUUGACAGAAUGAAAUGGAUAAUUACUGUCAGACUCUGCAGUGUAGAAACAUAUCUUUUUUUUUUUAACCUACUUUAUCUGUUAUUCUGCUCUCUUAUUUUUAUUUUUUUUCAGUUGGUGAUUUCUUGCUCUCUGGGCCCGUUUUAAAUCAUGCAUCCACUUUGCAAAGCUUGGAUCUGAAUUUUAAAGCUGAUGUUCAGAGCGAGCUUUCGAGCUAUUUUCUUUUACCUCCCACAUCAUCUUGCUCAGAUAAACUUGGAUCAUCUUCCAUCUGUCCUUGUCACAGUUCCAGGUGUUUUAAUCUUUUUAAUUAUUACUCUCACUGCAGAUGUGGGCAAGUCGAGGCAAGGAGCUAUUAACUUGUAGCCAUUUCCUGAAUUAGGAAGAUCAACACACAUCACAGAGGCACGCAGCGAGUGAUUCCGAAACGGAUUUUGAACAUGUCACACUGUGUGAACUUGAUUAUAUAAAAAGGUUGUUGGUAACAAUGCCGUUCUGUACGACGGGAGAUGGCAGACUGCACGGCUGCUGCCGCCGCAAAUGCAGAAUCGCAGCAGAAAUGGAAAGUUUUGGAUGGGAAAGCAGAGUUGGAUUCUGGACAGAAGGAGUGGAAAACGAACAAAAGAAGACAUUAUGGAGGCACUUACUACUUUCCUACAUGAGAGGAAUUGGAAAGUAAUAAGCUUUUAUAAAUUUCCCCAUAAAAUUUCAAACACUGACUAAUAUUUUUGUAAGUCAUCUUUGCACAGCGGACAACCUGCUCCUUUUGAAUGAUAUGUUCUCAUGUGUUUUUGAUUUAGAAGUGUGGCUGAGAGAAAUUAUGCUCUGUUUCAUGUCAUAUUUAUUCCCCAGAGGCCGUCCCUGCACAGCGUGAACCUGCCUCCUGAGUCGCAUCAUAUUUAUUCCCCAGUGAAACAAGAUCACUUGAUUGCCAAUCAAAACUUUAGAGACAGUCUGGUUAUCUUAAAAUAUGUGGAAAAAAAUCAUCAAACUUUUUUUUAUUCUUGAAGCAUACUUUUUCCCCCCUACUUAUAAUAAAUGUACUCACGUUUUUUUUUUUCUUCUAAAUUUUCAGUGUGACAAAGUAAAAGAAAGGUUUCUUUGAAUUUUCUAACACUAUUUGUGGUAAAAAAAAAAACAACACAUUUAUUAAACCUUUUACUUGAGUGGUCUGAGCAGUGUUAAACUUCAAGUUCAUCUUGGUCAACAUAUCAGUUGCUGGAGCCUGAAGAUUUCAGCUCUGUGAAGACGGUAAAAGCAUCUUCUCAGUUCGAUACGAUAACCGUUUUUUUUCCCCACUUCAUGAGAAACUGCAGCCCAGCGUUUACCAUUGAGCUACAUCACACUUUAGAUACACAGACAGUACUUGUUGGGAUCACUUCUUCAUUCCUGUUUUCAGCUCUUCUGUCAGGUUAGUUGAAAAAUAACAAAAAAAAUAUGUAGAGAUCCUUAACGUUUCUGUGAGCUGUUGUUCUCCAAAGGUUCAGUCGUGUCGUCUCCACGCGACCGAACCCGAAAGGCUUACACCGUCUCAGGACUGAAUGAAGAAAUCUGCUUGUUUUUGAGGUGAUUUUGUUUGAUGUUUUAGUACUUUUGCACCACUUUCGAGUUUAAAAACGUUGGGUCAGCACCGCAGUCUGAUUCAGAUGUUUUUGAAAUGUUCUCAAUAAGAGAAAGUUGAGAAAACUAAGAACUUGUGUUGGUUUCCUUUGAUCUACAGUUCUGUCAGCGUUGCACAACGGACCCGGUGUAAAAAAAAAAAGGGACCUUAAGAAAAAGAGUCUUUCUGUAUUUCUCUUCUGUGUAUCUUUUUUUUUUUCCAACUUUCAAACCAUCUUGAGCAAAUAAAGAUAAGCUUCAGAAACUC